CUGACGUCACGUCCAGCAAGUCACGUGAAGUCCACGCCCUGAGUCCCAACGCUGGGAUUAGAGUCCCAGUCUGCAGUCUACGGGGACCCAAGUAGAUCCCCCUAGACCCCGAGCUAACACCCCCUGCCCACCACCCCCAACCAUGCUCUCUCCACUGCUGCUAUCGCUGAUGCUGUGCACUUCAAUGGGAGUACUCGGGGUGAUGUCAAGCCGGCCACACCGCCCCCGAAGUUCCCCGGGGACCACUCUGACGGAGACCCACGACCUCGGAGGAUCCGAGUGGACGGCGGAGAGUAGGCAGGGCCGAGUGAGCGUCAGAGCCACGGUGCCAGGCUGCGUGCACCAGGACCUAAUGGCAGCAGGGAUCAUACAGGACCCCUAUUACAGGUUCAACGAUGAUGUGUACCGCUGGAUAUCAAGGCAGGACUGGACCUACCAGCGCAACUUCACCGUGCCGAUACCAUUGCAGAACCGUCAGAAGGCGGUGCUUGUGUUUGAAGGGGUGGAUACGGUGGCAACCGUCUCUCUCAACGGGGUGGUGCUGGGACGCACGGACAACAUGUUCAUCUCCUACGAAUUUGUGGUGAGCGGCCUGCUCAAGGACGGCGAGGGCGCGACGAACUUGCUGACGGUGGCGUUCGAGUCGGCGCCGCGCUACGCGUCGGGACGCGCGCACGAGCACCCCGCUUGGCCCGUGCCCCCCGCGUGCCCUCCACCCGAGCAGCACGGCGAGUGCCACGUCAACUACAUUCGCAAGGAGCAGUGCUCGUUUGGCUGGGACUGGGGCCCUGCUUUCGCCACGCAGGGCAUCUGGAGGAGUGUGCGCUUGGAAGCCUACGACCUGGCACGCCUCCUCGACCUGGCCGUCAUCCCUUCUCCACUCGACGGACCGUGGGGACGGUGGUCCCUGGAGCUGGAGGCGCACGUGGAUCUGCUGGGAAACCAGAAGGUGGAGGCAGCCGUCAGCGUGUCCGUGCUGGAGCUCAAGACGUCCUUCUCCUACAACGUGUCGCUCUCGCCUGGCACCAGCCCCGUGCACGUUUCCUUCCUCCUCGCACAGAACGGAACAAACCUGAAGAUGUGGUGGCCCCGAGGGGAUGGAAACCAGAGUGGUUACCACACAACAGCCCAGAUCUUACUCGAUGGGGGCGUCAUCCUGGCAGCAGACACCAUGGUUUACUUCCGCACAGUGGAGCUCGUGCAGGAACCCGUGCCGGACUCACCGGGGCUCAGCUUCUACUUUCGCAUCAACGGGAGGCCCGUGUUCCUCAAGGGCUCCAACUGGAUCCCAGCAGACUCCUUCCACACCCGUGUCACCCCUGGCCGGCUGCGCAACCUGCUGCAGUCGGCCGCGGACGCGAACAUGAACGCCCUGCGCGUGUGGGGGGGCGGCGUCUACGAGACGGACGCGUUCUACGAGACGUGCGACGAGCUGGGCAUCAUGGUGUGGCAGGACUUCAUGUUUGCCUGUGCUCUCUACCCAACGGACGCCGACGUCCUGAGCUCCGUCAACACCGAGGUGCUGCAGCAGACGCGCCGGCUGAAGCGCUUUCCGAGCGUGGUCGUGUGGAGCGCCAACAACGAGAAUGAGGCGGCGCUCUCCACCAACUGGUUCCACAUCCCGGCGGCCGACUACGCGCGCUUCCACAAGGAGUACGUGCAGCUCUACGUGGGCACAGUGCGCGCGGCCGUGAUGCAGGAGGACGCCACGCGCCCGUUCCUCGCGUCGAGCCCCACCAACGGCGCCGAGUCGGAGAGCGAGGGCUGGGUGGCACGCGACCCGUACGACGCGCACUACGGCGACACGCACUACUACGAGUACGGCGCCGACUGCUGGGACUGGAGCCGCUACCCGCGCGCUCGCUUCGUCUCCGAGUACGGCUUCCAGUCCUGGCCGUCGUUCAGCACGCUGGCGCAGGUGUCCGAGAAAAGCGACUGGUCCUUCAACAGCUCCUUCAUGCAGCACCGGCAGCACCACGGGCAAGGAAACGAGCAGAUCCUGCAGCAGAUCGCGCGUCACUUCCCCCUACCGGCCACCGGCGAUCCGCUCUGUGCCUUCCAGCUCACCCUUUACCUGUCCCAGGUGAUGCAGGCACAGUGCGUAAAGAGCGAGACGGAGUUUUACCGACGGAGCCGGAGUGAGGUGAUCUCUGGUGAGGGUCACACAAUGGGGGCGUUGUACUGGCAGCUCAACGACAUCUGGCAGGGAGCUUCCUGGUCUUCUCUGGAGUACGGCGGCAAGUGGAAGAUGCUUCACCACUUUGCUCGUGACUUCUUCUCGCCCGUGCUGCCCAUCGGCUUCCUGGACGGCGGCGAGCUCGUCAUAUACGCCGUCAACGACCAACUCUUCGGCCUGCACCUCGCCGUGCGGGUGGAGGCGUACGCGUGGAGCAGCCUGCGGCCCGUGUGCGCGCUCGUCGGCGCGUCCUCGUGGGUCGCGGCCGGCAGCGCGGUGAAAAAGCACCGCGAGCCCAUCAAGAUGCUGCUCGCUCGCUGCACCGGCUGCACGAGGCAGCGCUGCGUCGUCACUUUCCAGCUGCAGGCGGAGAACGGCACGCAGGUCGGCCCCCGCAAUCACGUCUUCCUGGCAUCGCCAAAGGACGCGCAGGGGCUGCACGCGCGGCCUGUGAAGGUGGCAGGCGUGAGUGGCGUGCCUGGUGCGCCGGUGGUGGUCACCCUGGAGGCAGUGGCAGUGGCUCCCUUCGUGUGGCUCGACGUCGGAGCCAUCGCCGGCCGAUUCAGUGACAACGGGCUGCUGCUCACGGAGGGCAGACGCAACAUCACCUUCUACCCGUGGCAGGACACCACGGCCCGCCACGUUCAGGAGGCCCUGACUGUCACCUCACUCGCAGACGUCCUACAGACAUAACCGCGGGGAGGACGCGUAAACGGUCGCUAGAUUUCCUGUAAGCAAGAGAAGUCACGACAUUCGCUUGACUUAAAAUGAAAUUUUAUUGGGGGGCUGAGAAAUUCGAGACAUUUUCCAACAUGCUAAAAAUAUGAAUCAUUCAACUUAACAGCUAGCCAGUUGGAUUUACUGUGAUUCAUGCACUGGUUUUACCAUAUUUUCCUGAUUAGAGCUGUAUAUGAUUGGAUGGAAUUCAACACUGGUCGCACAUGUCUCCUUUAAAGGUAUUCACUGCAUCAUGAAUGCUUUUCCUCAACAAGAAUUGUGUUUUUGUCCCGUGCGGAAGUGUACUUGGAACCUUUGUCUCAACGUGGACCUUUUGGAACGGGAAAGGGUUAAGCUUAUGCACACAAGCGAGAUAAUGUGUGGUAACGUAAGACUGAGGGAUGGUGAUGAUGUGGGGAGGCCUUAAUCCAGCAGCGGAGAGACCAUUGCUGAUGAUGUAAGGCAGUAUUCAUGGCAAGGUGGUAUUUGCUUUCUGCCAAGAUAGGCAAUCGACAUAAGAUACGUUUUUUAGGUACUUGCCGUAUGAAUGUGGAAUUUCCUGCAAUGUAUCAGAACUGCUAAUGGAGUCGGAGAAUAAUCUACCUAUGAAUUAUUUAUCUGCAAUUUCGGAUUGGUUUAUACAGCACUUUGGUGUCUAUUUUGGAUUUUCAUUCAUUUUUACAAAAGUGCUGGUGCAGUAAUACGCCGUUGAUGUCAACUCGAGAAUAGUAAUGCAUCGAUUCAUAGAUUAAUAAUGAUUCAUGAGCUCACGAUAUGUGCACUGAAUCGCGUGUAUAUGAAUUCAUGUUUUCUCGAAUUGUGUGUGUUGUAUGUAAUGGGUUAAUGAAGCCUCGGCAGCUACGAACCAUUCAACAUGCAACGUUGGAGUCUGUAUAUAUGUUGAACUUCCUUCGGGUCAAUGUUGGGUCAACGUUGGGAUGUGGCUGAAACCGUUGGCUCAAUGUUGGCCCAUCAGUCAUUGUUUACUGGGUUGUGGCCUCUACAUUUGCCAGUGUUAAAACAAGAAUUUAUUCGCGAAUUUAAUCUUGAAAAGUGGUUGAAUGGUUACACCUCUCGCGGCACCUACCAAGACAAUCUAUGAAUUGUGAUCUGUUUCAUUCCACCUUCGGUAUAGAAUUUACCAAAUAUGCAAUUUACUGAUUAUGCACUGGAUUAAAAUCAGAGGAAUAUAUUUUCUGUAUCUGCAAUUCGCAUGGAUUGUAUAUAUGUUUUACACAUAAGCAUUGCCAAUGAUGCAGAUUUAACGUGUCAAUGUUUUUGACUUUGCACUGUGUUUGCUGUAUGGUACUUUUCAAAAUAAAUUCAUGACUUCGUGUUUUUGUUCCACUGUUCAUUAAUUAAAGAAAGGAUUCCCUUUGCCACAAAAUUUCCCAUGGUUAUUUCGCGACCUGACCAUCAACUAAUCAACGGGAAUGCACCCGAUCUCAUCGUAUCUCAGAAGCUAAGCAGAGUUUUGACCCUGGACAGUGCUUGUAUGUGCGACUACCAUGUACAAACAGGUGGUCACGUGGGUUGCAAAGCUACGUGGUGGGUAGUAGAGGGUAGUGUAGUAAAAUACGUUGUACUGCACUCCUAUGCAUCCGCGUCUAUACUCCCACACCAUCGGCCCGUAACUGACCGGCGUGGUGAAGUAUGGCGAAAUAAACCUACAAGACCCCACACGGCGUUCAAAAGGGCCCAAAUCCAGUAGUGAUUUGACAAUAUCUGUGCAUAUACAAAAAUGGGGAAGUGGACAUAACGUGGCUGAAUAUAAUGAUCAAGUUGGAUUUUAUCCAACAGUGGACUGAUGACGACUUAACGCUGCUGUUUGAUAUUGCUGCUGAGGAUAAUGCUGCUGUUGAUGAUUAUGCUUCCGACGAUGCUAUUAUACGACGCUGUUGCUGAAACUGAUGAUGAUUCUGCUGAUCAUUUCUUUUUUUAUACGUGCCUAUUGAUGCAGCUCGCUUUAUUCUUGCUGCUGCUGAUGAUGAUACUGCUGUUGUCUUUUUAAAUCCUUUAUAUUAAGUUCACUUGCUUGCUUGCUUGCGCGCUUACGGCCGUGCAAAUCUUUCGGUCGUUUUUUAACCCACUUCCCGUGAUCCAAUCGAGCUGACAUUUUGCACACAGACUCGUUGUGCGUGACAAUUUAUUUUCGUGAAUUUUUUUCCCCAAAAUUUUACACUUUUUAGGAAAAAAUAAAUUAUAUUUAAUUACCAAUUGCUUAAUGGUGGCAGGCAAUCAUCUGACCCAUAGGUGGCAGCCAUCUCGAGCCAGAGGACGAGAGGACUCUAGCCGCCACGCAUAUAAAGGAUUUAUAGUGAAAAACUUUGUUUUUACGGGUUAAUUUUUGUUGCUGGUGAUGAUGAUGUGCGACCACCAUGUACAAUGACCGGUGAAACGUAUGAUCUGUGUUUUGAUUUAGUGUGCUGAUCUUUAAAGGUGCAUUGGAAAUUUUUGAUACUCCGACUGAUGCUCCUACUGUUGUGGAGUGACUCAUGCAGCCAGCUAUGGCUGCAGGGUUUGGUGGUACAUGUUGUUUGUCGUUUAUUGUGAAAUUUCGGUCACAGUUCAAAUGAUCACUGUUACAUUGCUUUAUGGUUUUAUUUUGGUGAUUUCGAAAAGUUUUUUGGUUUGGCCAUGUUUGUUUGUUGUAGCACGGAGUUAGACUGAUGGCUUUAAUCUA